AGACAAUUAAAAAGUAAAAUCUAUGGCGUGACAUUAUGUGAUAGACCACGUUUGACAUCGAGCGCCGCUGAAGCGGGAAGAAAAAUGUUGGUUUAAAAUCAGCGUUUUGGACCUGGUGGAAUCGCUCCAGGUCUAAGAUGUCGUCGUCAUCCGUGUCUGCUGGUGCUGUGGGAGAUAUAAUUGACCUGGAUCGUUAUAUGCGGGCAUCAGUCAGACCUUCACCACCUCACAGAAACGAGCGUCUCGUCGUGGACGCUGGUGCUGUGGGUCGAAGACCAAUAUCGUUGAGUUCGCUUCAAUCCGAUGAAUCUGUUCAUUCCCAAGGGGUUAAGUCAAGGCCGAAGGGAUUCAUUGAGCCCAAGCCCCAGAUGGCCACGCAUAAGAGGUUUUCCCACGACUCUGGCGUCUCUGAUGGCAGCCGUGUCAGACGGAAACGGAAUAGGCAUCCGACAGAUUGCAGUAGCAAAUGCCAUUCGCGCCAGUCGUCAAUGAAGGAGUUUCGCGUGAUAUGCGAGCAGACGCUGAAAGAGCAGAGAGAGCAAAUCGCCAAGGUCACGGAGCUGUGUGAGAGAUUGGCCGCACCCAAAGCGAAUUCUUCGGAACCUAAAGUGAAGAAACAAUCGCUGCCAAGCAGCGACUCGAGUGAAUUAAGUUCGUCGACAACUACGCUCAGUAGACACAAACGCAAAGAGAAGCAUUUGUCUGAAUCGUGUAAAACCUACAAAAUAAUAAUGACGAAAUUGGACGACUUGCAUCGCGUCUUCCGUCGGCCAUUGCCGCCUGCCUCUUCGAGGAGCGUUUCUGUGUGCGACAAACUUGUCAAUACGGAGUUGAGGAAUCAGACAGUGUUAAGAUGUGAGGAGCGAAAGCUGGAAGUGACCAGGACCAACGAAGUGGACAUCGCGCCGAGGCAACGGCAUAAUGUUCUUGUGCACAGUCUGGUGGAGAGUGACCGCUCGUCCGUUUGUUCUGGGUCCGCCAUUGACUUAGAAGAUCCAAUACAGUUAUCACAAGAUAAACAAAAUGGCGCAAGUGUGCGAGGGGGGCGGAGGACAUCCCUCUGCUCGCUCUGUCGCUCGUACUGGCGCUCUUUAUGGCGAUGUUUGCCGAGUUAUAUUAACGAAGUUGACAGAAGACAGGCCGACGAGAAAAAGAAGAUGAAAACCUGACAUGUACUGACAGAACAAAAGAAAAAUUUACAGUGAAACGAUGGAGUAAUAAUAGAAAAUUGAACCAUUAUGAAAUACUUGAACACGAAAAUAUGAAGAAGAUCCGAUACGGAAUAUUUUGCCUUUUAUAUCUUCUCUUCCAGGUGGCGGCCGCAGUAGCCUGCAAGCGGAAAUCAUCCUGUCGUCCGCCUCGCUGUCCAGGCGGCUGCAAGCCGAAGUAUUGGUGACCUGGUCCCAGAGAUGUGGGAUGUAUUGACCUGGGCAACGUGGUGUCUGAUGCUGGUGAUGGGCGUGGUGGAUGGCUGCAAAAAGAAGACGAUCUGCCGCCCACCACCGGGUGGUAGGCCUGGUUGUGGAGGCCGCUGACAUUUGAUAACAAUUUAUCCAAUAUAGUAGAUAUAUAAAGGUUUUGAAAGAAUAAAAUUUGUAGUUUAAGAAACUUACCGAAACUAAAUCAUUUAAAACUGAAAUUAUAGAUAAAAGUAAAACUUGAAGACGAUAAAAAACGAAAAAUGUUAGUUUAAAUUAAAUAAAUUUGUUA